AGGCCUUUUUACCCGGAAGUAAAUAUCGAAGACGUCGAGACCACGACUAGUUUUGUCAAUUCAAAGAGGCCUGAGUGUAAACAUUUGUAAGGUAGUUAGCAAACAUUUUUUUUUUUAAAUGUUUCGUAAGACAACGCGCCGAAAUAUUAGAGAAAGGAAAGAUGAUUCGAGUGAAGAAGAACAGAAAGAGGAUGGCGAAGACAGUGAAAUGCCUUCUCUUCAGAUCAAACCAUCAAAACUGCCUCAGACCAGGGGAAUAACUUGUAGUUCCAAGCCACAAAAACCUGCAUCAAAAUCGGAUGAUAGUGGAGAGGAUGAUGACGGAUCGACUUUAAACCCUUCAAGCAGCCCUGGUCCUGUGGAUGUAAAAAUGAAAGGGAAAUCCAAAACAAAAAUGUUCAGUUUCUCCGAAGACAACGAUGCUGAGUCCGAAUUCAGACUGAAGAAGACCAAAGACAAAAUGAUUGUAUUUAGUGCUCGAAAAAAAGAAGGUUUACCAAUCAAGACUACACGUUCUGAAGUAAAAGAUGUCCCCCAGAGAACGCAAGCCGUUGUAGAGUCAGAGAGUGAUGGAUCUGCGGAGGAGAAAAUGAGUGAAAGCGAUGACAGCGACAUCAGCUCUAUGGUAUCCAGUUCCUCUCGCUCGUCUGCUCCAGCUCCAGAUCCAGUCUCCAUCCCCGAUGCCAAGAAGAUCCGUGCUGCCAAGGAUGCACGGAAGCGAGCCAGGGCCCGGAAAGACUACAUCUCCCUGGAGGGAGAUCGAGAGAGCACCCCCGGAACGGGAGAAGGAGAGGAUUCGGAUGACGCGGAGCGAGACAGCGAUGAUGAACCUGAUGAUCACGAACGGGUUAUCCAAUUUGCACCCAAACCCCGCACGCUGAGAGAGAGGAUGGCCGAAAAGAUGGGGGACAGUGACAGUGAGGACAGCUCUGCUGACAGCGAGGAGAUGGAUGCCCAGAGCCUGUGGGAGGCCCAGCAAAUUGAGAAAGGAGUCAAAAGGCAACAGCUAAAUAGCAGCGAGUGUGAGCGUCUGAAUGAGCUGCUGAAUAUUUUGCAGAUCUCCAAGCCUGGCUCAAGGAAGAGGAAGGACAAGCUGGAAAUCCCCGAAUCCCUUCCUGCAGUGAGCUUCCGCGUCAUCAAGAAGAGGAUCACUGGAAAGCUGGAGUCCUUGAGAGGGGUUCACCGGGCUCAUGAGGCGGAUCUGAGGAGGCUCCAGUUUGACAUGGACGAGGCCAAGAGCUCCCUAGAGAACAUGGAGAACACCGCCCCUGCGGAACAGCUCAAGUUCUACCGGGGCAUGCGUGUCUAUGCCGACAACUUGGUGGAAUGUAUGACAGAGAAGACGAUGCUGAUCAACUCAGUGGAGAUGGACAUGCACUCCCUCUACAUCGACCAGGCAGAGGCGCUGCUUACCUGCAGGAGAGAGGCGGUGCGGGAGGAGUCUGCUCGCCUCCAACAGCUGGCAUUUAACACGGAUAAUCAGACCAGCGGAGAUUCCAUGGAAGGCUUGAAUGAGAGUCAGGGCAGAGAGGCGGGCGGCUCAGUGGACCAGCCGGAGCUCGGGAGCCUGCCUGCAGACACUGAGGCUGACCCUGAGCAGCAGUCAGAGCUUCAGACGAAGAGAGCGGACAUCCUCAAGAGUGCCGACGACAUUUUCUCAGAUGUCCAGGGGGAUUUCUCCGACAUCAGCAAGAUCCUUUCCAGGUUUGAUGUGUGGAGACGUUCCUUCCCAGACUCCUACAAUAACGCGUACAUCGGCCUGUGCCUCCCCAAACUCCUGGGCCCCCUCGUCAGGCGGCAGCUCCUUGGCUGGGACCCUCUUCAGUCAGAUGGUGAGGACUUUGAGGCCCUGCCCUGGUACUCUGCGGUUGAAAAGUUCUGUCACGGUCAAGGACACGAGGAGUCCGAGAAUGCAGAUGUUGAAACUAUUCCUGCCAUCAUCCAGAAGACAAUCCUGCCCAAAGUUCAAGGCUUUGUGGAGCUGGUGUGGGACCCUUUGUCUCUGAGACAGACCCGGUGUCUCACAGGCCUCUGCAGGAGACUAGAGGAUGAUUACUCUAUCUUUAGUGGGGAUCAGAUCAAGCCUGUUAAGGCCUUCGUGGCAUCAGUCACCGCACGGCUGAGAGGUGCUGUUGAUGAGGACAUCUUCAUCCCUCUCUAUCCGAAGAAGUUCUUGGAUGACAAAUCUUCACCACAGUGCAAAUUUCAAACUCAGCAGUUCUGGUCAGCUGUGAAGCUUCUUGGUAACAUCACCCUGUGGGAUGAUAUCCUCCCUGAGUACACACUGAAGGAGCUGGCUCUGGACAAACUCCUCAAUCGCUACCUCAUGAUGACUCUACUCAACGAAUCCAACACCCAGCUCACAGUGGAGAAAUGCAAAAAGGUGGCAGCAUGCUUCCCCAAGUCCUGGUUCAAAGACUUGGACACAAGAUCAUCUCUGCCUCAGCUGAAGAGCUUCUGUGGCCAUCUGCUGCAGACCGGACACUCUGUUUGCAAAGACAGCUCUCAUCCUGAUAAGACGAGGGACAUUUUGAGAACACUGUUCGCCAUCAUGGCAGAUGUCAAGGCAUGGGAUGACCUGACCGCAAUAGCAGAAAAGUACCACCACACAGACUUAAUGAGCCAGUUGUUUUAAAAGGUGGAAGACCAUUCAAUAAUGACAUUUGCUACUUUUGUACUGGACUAUGGAAAAACUAUAUGUGAUUUAAAUAAAUAUUAUUUUUAUAAUUUGG